AUGGGUUCGCACGACAUCAAAGGGGCUCAGUGGGCAAAGUCUAAGGUCGCGCCCUCCACACUGUUCCUGGGGAUGAACAGAAUGUUCGCCAGCAUCUGCGAACUCCAGGAUGGAAGCGAGUCCGCGUGGCCGCCAUUGACGUUCAGGGGCUGGAUUCCCACGGACAACGACAAGGUCCGUCUGUUCGUCCUAACGUUCCUGGAGUCGGGCUGUGACUACCUCCCGGCAAUUUCCGGGCUGCCGUUCGACAAGAUGUGAGUACUGGCCCUCAAGAGCGUGCGAACGGAGGGUUUGUUUGACAAGCCGCUGUUCUUCGAGGAGCAGCAUAGCACGUGGGCAGUGGAAGUCGACG